AUGUGGAUCCCAGACACUAAAGGGGUGUACCCGGACCUGCUUGCCACCAGUGGGGACUACCUGCGCAUUUGGAGGGUCAGCGACACAGAAACGCGUCUCGAAUGUUUGUUGAACAACAACAAGAACUCAGACUUCUGUGCUCCCCUCACAUCCUUUGACUGGAAUGAGGUUGAUCCCAAUCUGCUGGGUACAUCCAGCAUUGACACCACCUGCACUAUCUGGGGGUUGGAGACUGGUCAGGUGUUAGGGCGCGUUAACCUGGUGUCUGGGCAUGUGAAGACCCAGCUGAUUGCUCAUGACAAAGAGGUAUAUGACAUCGCGUUCAGUCGUGCAGGAGGCGGUAGAGAUAUGUUUGCCUCUGUGGGAGCCGAUGGAUCCGUCCGCAUGUUUGACCUCCGGCACCUGGAGCACAGCACUAUCAUCUAUGAAGACCCCCAGCACCAUCCGCUGCUCCGCCUCUGCUGGAACAAGCAGGACCCCAACUACUUGGCCACAAUGGCCAUGGAUGGCAUGGAGGUGGUCAUCCUGGAUGUACGUGUGCCUUGCACUCCGGUGGCUCGGCUGAACAACCAUCGUGCAUGUGUCAACGGCAUCGCCUGGGCCCCUCACUCGUCAUGUCACAUCUGCACUGCAGCCGACGACCACCAGGCUCUGAUCUGGGACAUCCAGCAGAUGCCACGCGCCAUUGAGGAUCCCAUCCUGGCCUACACUGCUGAAGGGGAGAUCAACAACGUGCAGUGGGCCUCCACGCAGCCGGACUGGAUCGCCAUCUGCUACAACAACUGCCUGGAGAUCCUGCGUGUCUAA